CGUGACCUCUAUGCCUCUUCUUCGUUUUGUUUUGCUAUAGGCGGUGCGUGUGUCCCCAAAUUCUCACUAAGAUCUGACGGGACAAGAGAUCCGGGCGGAUUGGCGAACAGUGAAUCAAAAUGGGACUAUAAAACAACAGAAAGAAAGAGAGUAACAAUUCUACGAAAUCCUCUGGGUCAUUGUUUCCCACGCUGUACGCAUCUCUGACACUUGACAAGACGCGACUACUCUGAAGAUACGUUGACCAGCAUUACAGAAGAAACCGAUUAGCCUGCUAGCUAAGGAUAUCUGCCUUUCUGCGGAUAUUACGUUUCUGAUUUAUGUUCAGUAUUUGCAACGUGUUCUUCCGUUCACAAUAUGUAUGUUAAUCUAAUCAAGAGAUACAACGACGGGAUGUUAUGCGAUUCAAAAGGGACAUUUUACGUUGAAAUAAUGUGAAGUAGGCGAUUCGUCAGUGUCAUCAUCAAUGGUGAAGCGUUUGUUUAAACUAGGCCUAUGAUAAGACCAGAUGACUAUGGCUACAUUUUUAUUGCAUACUUAACACAAGGUCUGCGUAAUCAGCGGAUGGAUGUAAUAGAUACUUUCGCGUUAAAUAUGUGAAAUAUGGAAAAUGUCAUUUCAUGUAUGUGGUGUUCGCUUUAAAUGUAGAGAUCUGUUCUUGUAAAACAUCCAAUCGAAGCUGUUGUAUUAAACCCAUACGUCUCGUAUGUGCUUUCGCGGCUGCGGGGUGAUCAGUUAAGCCUAUUAAACUGCGCCGCGCUGUGUGAAAUGGGCCGACGACUUAAUUUGGGAAACAAAUAAUUAUUUGAGGCUUAAAGCAGCUUAAAGCAUUUCCGAGUUUUUGGGUGUGGUGACCUGGUCACAAAAACACAAAGCGCUGAUUUAUUCUACAUAAAGGGCCAGCUAAAAAAACUCCAGCAUUCACUGCAGCCCAUUGCAACAAUGGAGCGGCUGUACGGCGGUGGCAGGAACUCUGGGGUGGUUGAGCCGAUGCCUGGCUAUGUGGAACUCAUCUCCAGGGGCUCUACCGUCAUGCUUGGUGCCUAUAGAGACUGCAAGAGCUGCGGCGUGGAGCUCUCCAAAAAGACUCUCCUGGACAAUGCACUCAUAACGUGGGUGGAGGUCGGCCUGUUCUUCGUGUGCGCAGUAAUGUGGACGCUGACCCGCCGUGGUCUGACGGCAUGCCUCUUUCAGCCAGUGGCCCGGUGGUGCCAGCUGAAGCCGCGGUGUGCUGCUAAAAUGCCGGAGAGCGCGUGGAAGCUCUGUUUCUACAGCAUGUCCUGGUCCUACAGUGCCUAUCUCCUGUUCUGCACACACUACUCCUUUUUCUACAACCCUCCUUCCGUCUUCUAUGGCUGGAAGAGAGGGAUGGCGGUUCCCGCGGAUAUCGCCCUGGCGUACCUGAUCCAGGGCAGCUUCUAUGGCCACUCCAUCUACGCCUCCAUCUACAUGGACGCCUGGAGGAGAGACUCCAUCGUCAUGGUGACGCAUCACAUCAUCACUCUGGCUCUGAUCACUUUCUCCUACGCCUUCAGAUAUCACAAUGUUGGGGUGCUGGUCCUGUUCCUGCACGAUGUGAAUGACGUGCAGCUGGAGUUCACUAAGCUCAAUGUCUACUUUAAAACCCGGGGGGGUGGCUACCACCCGGCCAACAGCAUCAUCUCCACCCUGGGCUGCAUCAGCUUCAGCGUCACAUGGUUCUGGUUCCGGCUGUACUGGUUCCCCCUCAAGGUUCUGUACGCCACCUGUGUGUCCAGCCUGGCGUCGGUCCCUGACAUCCCUUUCUACUUCUUCUUCAACUGCCUCCUCCUGCUGCUGCUGCUCAUGAACAUCUACUGGUUCCUGUACAUUGUGUUCUUCGUGGUGAAAGUGCUGACGGGGCAGAUGAGGGAGAUCAAUGAUGUGCGGGAGUACGAGGAGGAAGAGGAGGAAGAGGAGGAGCCUCUGAGGGAUGGCUCUGUGAAAUAUAGGUCCCCUGUGCAGAAUGGCCUUGUGAAAGACAAGCAUCUAUAAUGAUCUCAGUAGCACCUACUAGUUGCACUUAUCUGGAACUGCAAGUAACUAGGUGGCCCAGCAGAAUUUUAGCCCAUUGUUGUGGAUGGAGUUACUGACUGGUCUUUUAUAAAGAAAAACAAAAAUAGGCUGCUAGGCUAUGACAGUUUUUAGUUAUUUUACAUUUUUUUAUUUACACCACUGUGAAUGUUUAUUUCAGAUUGCUGUACUUGUGUCAGGUAAGAAGUACAUGUUUUGUUGACAGGCGACUGUUCUCAAGUAUAACCCUGAUUAUUUUCCGGUUUUUCUAUGUACACUCCUAGGUGCCCAGCAAGACGGGCUCUCUCUCGCUCUCUGUUUGAACUUCACCAGAGCAGAGACACAGAAAUGCAGGUAGAAACAGGUAGAAAUGCAGGUAUUUGAAAGUGAUGCCGUUCACAGUGAUGCACAGUUUGCCUGGAUGAUACUGACGUGUUUUUUAUCGUUUGAGCUCUCCACAAUGGCUGCCAUUUUCCUGACUCUGGGGGUGAAGGCAACAGCAGGGGAGUGUGUGCGCCCCCUACAGGCAAAAAGCAUGCCUGUUUAUUUAUCCACCGAUGCCUUCUCCCAUCUCGAACAGUAUCCGAGGGUUACCAUUGAACCCAAGCAGGUCCUGUGCCACUGAGCCACGGUGAUGGGUUAUGGUUAGGAGCUAGCAUUAGGGUUUGGAGUUAGCGGUUAGGGUUUAAGGUUAGGGUAUCCUCGGUGAUGGGUUAUGGUUAGGAGCUAGCAUUAGGGUUUGGAGUUAGCGGUUUGGGUUUAAGGUUAAGGUUAGGGUAUCCACGGUGAUGGGUUAUGGUUAGGAGCUAGCAUUAGGGUUUGGAGUUAGCGGUUAGGGUUUAAGGUUAGGGUAUCCACGGUGAUGGGUUAAGGUUAGGAGCUAGCAUUAGGGUUUGGAGUUAGUGGUUAGGAUUUAAGGUUAUGGUUAGCGUGGUUUUCAGUCUUUGAGGAUGGGGAAUCAUCCGUGUUUGGAAAUAAGGGAAGUACUUUUUGGGUCCCUUGUGGGGAGGGGGUUACUAAAGUGUUAUGAUGGAGAGGAAAGUAAAUAACAUUUUCACAUUUCCUGUUUUCAUAGUGUACGUUUUAGCUCCGAAAAUGAAGGCAUACAUGUUGAUGACAGUAGACAGUUGCUGUAGCUAAAUUGGAUUGUAGAUCUACAAGAGUUUUUGUUAUAUAGUUGUACUAUGUUUUAGGCUUUAUUAUUACAUAGGAUUUAUGGACAGCAGAUUUGAUCUUGGACAUAGGUUUUGGCAACAGUUUUAAGUAACAACACUGAUUUAAUAGCUGUCUUUAUUAUGCAGGUAUAAUAAAUCCUUGAGGAUCUUGUGUUUACUCAAAACAAGCAUCAAUCUGAGUGUUUGAAUGCACAUAAUCCUACAGAUUACGGAAUUAAAAUGAGUAAACUUUAUAACUAUGUUUUAAGACUGAGGGUGACAACCAAACAUUUCUCCUUAGGUUGUCCCACAUCUUCAGAAGCAGAGGUAUUCAGAUUACCCACAGGUGUUUGUGUGCGUGUGUCUGUGUGUGAGGGUGUGUGCGUGUCUGUGUGUGUGAGUCAGUGUGUGUGUGUGUGUGGUGAGGGUGUGCCUGUCUGUGUGUGUGAGUGAGUGUGUGUCUGUGUGUGAGGGUGUGUGUGUGUGUGAGAGAGAGAGUGUGUGAGGGUGUGUGCGUGUCUGUGUGUGUAAGUGAGUGUGUGUGGUGAGUGUGUGUGUGUGUGUGUGUGGUGAGUGUGUGAGGGUGUGCGUGUCUGUGUGUAUGAGUGGGUGUGCAUGUGAGUGUGAGUGUGUGUGUGUGUGGUGAGAGUGUGUAUUCCAGAGACAGCAUUUAUUUGGGAAAUGAUUUCAUUCUUAUUGAAUGUUGUCUUUUGAUUUCAUAUGCUGUUUCUGAGGGAAAUUCUUGUAAGUCACUUAAUAAGGCUGCACAUUACACCUCCAUGAGCUGACAUUGCUGCUUUAUAAAGAAGUAAAUGUGCUUUACGAUCACUGACUUUGUUGUGGUUUUGUUCACAUGCAUAGUUUCUUUUUUUAAUAAAAUGCUUUCGAUAUGAUGUGACAGGGCUGCCAUCACAAGGCACUACAGGUGUGUUUGAGCAUUUUAUAAAGUGGACAUAGUGAUUAUGUAUGCUUUAUAAAGCAGCAAGUCUUUAUGAAUGCAUUGUAAUGUGCACAGGUGUUUAUAAAUGCUUUAUAAUGUGCACAGGUGUUUAUAAAUGCUUUCUUAAGCAGUCAUUCCUUGCUCAUGAGGGUGUUCCUCGUCCGUUUAUUGUUUGCACAUCAGUGUUUCCUGUUUGUGAUGGUUUCUCAGUGUUGAGAAAAUCAAACGGUCAUUGCUUACUGUCUAAUAUACUUUCCCACCGCCCUGUCAAUGCCUGAGAUGGGUAAAGGACAUGCCCAUCUGAAUGCAAACUGAACCAAUGCCCUGAUAAGUGUUUUAUUUGAAAGUAUAUUCCUGUUUUUAAAUUUUCAUUUAUGCCAAAAUAAUGCAUUCCUGUAUGUCCCUCAGUAUCCACUCCUGCUGAUGCCAGUUAUUAUAGUAUUUUUUGUGUAAAUUGCACUAUGAUUAAUUUUCAUUGAUUUUCUCAUUGAGAAAUUUGACGGAAGUGUGGUUAUGAAUUUUAGGUAUGUAUUUUUAAUGACUAUGGGAAUUAUAUGAAAGCAUUAUUUAUUAAAAUAAGGAAUUCUGUGCUUAAAACUCAAAUACAAGUCAGACUAUAAGCUUCCCAAAUACCGUGUCAUCUCACAGGCAUUUUUAUUUAACACCACUUCUAUAUGUCGAGCACCAACAGAUUUUAAUAAAACAACUUAUUUACAACAUA